AUGGCGUCGCGAUUCAACCCAGGCAAGCUCUUCAUCCGGACGCGCUUCAACUACGAAAAGCUCCCCGGCCAGGACAGCCAGGGCUCGUCGCCACUGCCCCUCUUCAGCACAAAGUCAUGGGGCAAGAAGUAUAGCCAGCCCGCCUGGGCCAGCCGCAUUCAGCGGCCCCGUCUGUCUUUUGCGCGUCUCAUUACCCUCGCCGUUACUGUGAUGCUCGUCUUUUCCAUGAUUGGCACCGGCGUCUACAGGAGACACCGCUGGCACGCUCAACCUCACAAGGGCGAUGAGCGCAAGCAAUAUCACUGGGAACACUAUCCUCGCCUUAAUGGCUUCUUCAACGGCGUUCGCACUCUCGUCCCCUUUGGCGACUGGGUGUCCGAGCAGGACUAUGUCAAGUACUCGCAAAGCCCAAAUCCCGAGGACAAUGUCAAGCCAAAGUGGCCGCACAUGUCCAAGGAAAACAAGGAGCCACCAAUGGACCCUGUGCCCUUUGACCCCUACAAGUUCGACUCGCCCCAGUACCUCAAGGACCACGACGAGGUCAAGACUUGCUACCUCGACGAGGAGGAAAAGGUCGACCUGCCCGACAUCUACGCCUACCCCGGUAUUCCCCAGAACAUGACUGCUCCUUUCUUCGGCUCCUACGAGGAAAUCGGUUUCGACGACAAGAAGUGCUUUGAUCGCUUCGGCCGCUUCGGUCCCUACGGCUACUCCUACUCUCGUGACGAGGGCGGUCUUGAAAUGGACGACAAGUCUGAGAAGGCUGGCGCCGACAAGAUCUGGAGCUGGGAGAAGAAGGUUGACUACCGCAAGGUCAACUGGGCCUCUGCCAUGAAGCGCUGCCGCGAAAAGAACGCCCACCGCUUCAAGAACAACAAGACGGACGAGUCUGCCCCCGCGAAGAAGAAGGUGCCUCGCCACGCCUAUGUUCUCCGCACCUGGACCGGCUACAAGUACAGCGACUACCAGAUCCUCACCCUGCGAGCCAUGAUCAACGAACUUGCCCUCAAGUCUGGAGGCGAGUACGAUGUUCACUUCCUGCUCCACGUCAAAGACGACAGCCUGCCAAUUUGGUCGUCUGAGGAGAUUUACCAAAAGGUCAUCGAGGACAACCUGCCCAAGGAAUUCUGGGGUAUGGCAACCCUGUGGUCCGAGCAGCAAAUGCGCAUGUACUACCCUGAGCCUUUUCCAAACAACGUCUACAACCACGCCAAGGCUCCUGUUCACUCUGUCUACCGAAGUGCCCACUUUGCCAUGCAGUGGUUCGCUCAAGCCCGCCCAGAAUACGACUUUUACUGGAACUGGGAAAUGGAUCUCCGCCUGAGUGGCCACUACUACGAAUUCCACAACAAGAUUGGCGAGUGGGCCAAGAAGCAGCCUCGCAAGGGUCUCUGGGAGCGCUCGUCUCGCUACUACAUUCCCGAGCUUCACGGAUCGUGGAAGAACUUCACCGAGAUGGUCGAAGAGGAGCUCUACAACAGCGACGAGAAGCCAGUUUGGGGUCCUCCCAAGUUCCCCAACACUGGUAUGCUCCCCAGCCCUCCAGAGGUCGAGCCACCCCACUCCUAUCUCCAGGACAACUACGAAUGGGGUGUUGGUGAGGAGGCCGACAUCAUUACCUUCAACCCCAUCUUCGACCCGGCAAAGACCAACUGGGUGUUCCGCGACGACGUUACCGGCUACGAUCUCGAGCUUCCAGAACCCCCGCGACGCUGCGCCAUCAUCACCGUCUCGCGUCUGUCGAAGCGCCUCUUGGACCUCAUGCACCGCGAAACAUACCUGAUGAAGCACCACAUGUUCCCCGAAAUGUGGCCACCGACCGUUGCCUUCCACCACGGACUCAAGGCCGUCUAUGCCGCACACCCCGUCUACUUUGACCACAACUGGCCUCUUGAGAUUCUCGAGGGAACCUUCAACCGACCCCCGAAGCCCACUGACAGCGUCUUUGGCUGGGGUGAGCACAACCAACUGGGCAACAGCUUCUACUACAACGCUGCCUUCUCGUCCGAGUGGUGGCGAAGGUGGCUUGGCUCGCGCGAAAACGACAAGGGCGGUGCGGCCGAGGAAGAGGCUGGCACAGGUCGGUUGUGCAUGCGCAACACACUCUUCCACCCCGUCAAAUACGAAAAGGGGUCUGAGUGA